CCUUUCGGGAUUCUGCCUUCUUCCCUCCUGCGUCCUCGCUCCAUCUCUACCAGCAACAUGAGCCGCCAGUUCACCUGCAAGUCUGGAGCUGCCUCCAAGGGGGGUUUCAGUGGCUGCUCGGCAGUGCUUUCUGGGGGCAGCUCGUCCUCCUACAGGGCAGGGGGCAAAGGGCUCAGCGGGGGCUUUGGCAGUCGGAGCCUCUACAGCCUGGGAGGCACCCGGAGCAUUUCCCUCAACGUGGCCAGUGGCAGUGGGAAGAAUGGAGGCUUUGGAUUUGGCAGAGGUCGGGCCAGUGGCUUUGCUGGCAGCAUCUUUGGCAGUGUGGCCCUGGGGCCUAUGUGCCCAACUGUGUGCCCACCCGGAGGCAUCCACCAGGUCACCGUCAAUGAGAGCCUCCUGGCCCCCCUCAACGUGGAGCUGGACCCCGAGAUCCAGAAAGUGCGUGCCCAGGAGCGGGAGCAGAUCAAGGCGCUGAACAACAAGUUCGCCUCCUUCAUUGACAAGGUGCGGUUCCUGGAGCAGCAGAACCAGGUGUUGGAGACCAAGUGGGAGCUGCUGCAGCAGCUGGACCUGAACAACUGCAAGAACAACUUGGAGCCCAUCCUCGAGGGCCACAUCAGCAACAUGCGGAAGCAGCUGGAGACCCUGUCCGGGGACAGGGUGAGGCUGGACUCGGAGCUGAGGAAUGUGCGAGAUGUGGUGGAGGACUACAAGAAGAGGUAUGAGGAGGAGAUCAACAGGCGGACAGCUGCGGAAAAUGAAUUUGUGCUGCUCAAGAAGGAUGUGGAUGCAGCUUAUGCCAACAAGGUAGAGCUCCAGGCCAAGGUGGACUCCAUGGAGCAGGACAUCAAGUUCUCCAAGUGUCUCUUUGAGGCUGAGAUGGCUCAGAUCCAGUCCCACAUCAGUGACAUGUCCGUCAUCCUCUCCAUGGACAACAACCGCAACCUGGACCUGGACAGCAUCAUCGACGAGGUCCGCGCCCAGUAUGAGGAGAUCGCCCUGAAGAGCAAGGCUGAGGCCGAGGCCCUGUACCAGACCAAGUUCCAGGAGCUGCAGCUGGCAGCUGGCCGACACGGAGAUGACCUCAAAAACACCAAGAAUGAAAUCACAGAGCUCAAUCGGUUCAUCCAGAGACUCCGCUCAGAGAUUGAUAAUGCGAAGAAGCAGGCUUCUAACCUGGAAACAGCCAUUGCGGAUGCUGAGCAGCGAGGGGACAAUGCCCUUAAGGAUGCCCGGGCCAAGCUGGACGAGCUGGAGGGAGCCCUGCACCAGGCCAAGGAGGAGCUGGCCCGGAUGAUGCGUGAAUACCAGGAGCUCAUGAGCCUG